AUACUUUGGAAAAUCAACCGAAUCUGUGUUUCAAAGAAGUAACUAUCUUCAACUUUAACCUUCACGCAAACCAAUAAAAGGUUUUGAUCUUCAUCUUCUUCAUCGAAUAUUCAUCUAAAUCUUCAACGUUCAGUUGCUGGUUGUGUUAAUAAUGGCAGACCAUUCCGAUGACGAGGUUAUAGAAAUAUCUCGUGUUCAGUUUGUUCAGACAGUAGAUGAGGCCUUACGUAAAGAAUAUGGUUUCUUUUUUUCACAUGAAGAACCAAAUGUCCCCCAGGAUAGUUGUAUUCCGCAAAAAGAUACUAUCACCAUUGAGGGAAGUGGAAAUACAAGUAAGGUUAAACAACAUGAAGUUCAAUGUACUUCCAAGGCCUUUAUAUCUCAAGGAUCUCAAUCUCACACGGAAGAUGCAAAGGAAAACAUAGACUCGGUUGGUAGUUCGAAGUAUAAGAAGCGUUUAGAUGGAGACAGUUGCGCACAAAACACUAUUCCUGAAGAUCAAAAAGUUUUGAACUUUACCCGUAAAGGAGAAUACAGGCUGCGUCUUCCGGUCGGGGUUUCAAAGCGCGCUGGCUUUAAAAAGAAGCUUCAUACUUUGAACAUUGAAAACAUGCAGGGCCAAGUUACUACUUACGAAGUCAAACCGGAAAGGAACGGAAAAGCUCUACGCUAUUCAGUCAUCGACUGGCCUGUCUUUAUGGCCGAGAAUAACUUGAAUGACGGCGACAUGCUUGAUUUCACUUAUGUGAAUUCAAAGAAAACCGUUAUCUUAAAAAAUGUCCGACAUGUCUAAGCCAUCGUGCAACGAACUUUCAUUAACUCUCUUUACAACAACUGUUGGGUCUAUGUUAUGUUAACUAUCCUUUGAACAU